AUGGCCCCUCCUGCUGGUCGGUGCGAUCAUGCGGCUGCGGCCUCCCGUCGGCGAAGCGCCCGGCUAGCCGCGCUGCGCACGUUGCCGGCUCCACCAACAGCCGUGGCACCUCCUGCACCACGAACAACGACGACGCCGUGCCGCCGCCGCCGCCGUCUGCCUCUUCACUUCCGGCGUUCUGACAACCAGGCGUGCCUAGUGAGCAACCUGGCGCAUCAUCAAGUGGUCUUUGUGGAAGCGUGGCCCGGGACGGGGAGGAGCAGCCAGGUCCCCCGCGUGCUCCACGCCGCCGGCCACGGCCCGGUCGUCUGCUCCCAGACGUACCGCAUCGCGGCCGAGCCUCGGGCACGGCUGCUCCACCUGCUCGCCGCCGACCCGCUCCUCGCUCGCUACGGCGCCGUCGUGGUGGACGAGGCGGACGACGGCAUGCUGCUCACGGCCGCCGUGCUCAGCUGCGUCAAGGCCGUCGUGGCCCGGCGCCCGGAGCUCCGGCUGGUCAUCUGCAUACACGGCACCAUGUUCUACGGCGAGGGCGCCAUCAAUGAUUUCUUCCCCGACGCCGUGCACUUGUGGUUCCGAACCAUGCUAGGUGUUCUCCGCUUUCACGAUUUCCUCACCGAGCCGGUUCCGGUGACGGACUACGUCGCCGCGUCCGUGCACACGGUGUGCAGCAUCCAUUCCGGCGAGCCACCGGGCGACGUGCUCGUCUUCCUCCCGACGCGUGCGGACAUCGAGUCUGCCGAGCGCCUUCUCGCCGCUCGGGCACUGCCGGGACUCGUCACGCGCUGCCUCCACGACGGCCUCGCCGUCGCCGAUCUGAUCGGCGACGUCCUGAGCCCAGCGCCAGACGGCAAGCGGAAGGUUGUCCUGGCCAACGACGUCGCCAACUCGGCAGUGUUCGUGGAGGGGAUCAAGUACAUCGUUGACUCCGGCUACCUCUGCACAGAUAACGCGCUGCCAUCGCUGACGACGACGGCGGGAGCAUCAUCGCCGCCGGCGGCGGCUCAGAUGGUCCGGGCUCUGAAGGUCGCCGUGCGAUCGGGGUACCACAUCAAGCGCAGGGGGAACGAGGGCAAGUGCUUCUGCUUGUACACCACGGCGGAGUGUCGAGGGAUGUUGCGAACUUGUUGGUCCUCGCUCAGAGCGAGGACCAACGACGCCAACGGCAUCGCCGGCGUCGUUCUCGUCCUCAAGCAUCUCGGGAUCAUCAGCGGCAGCAUUGAGAGCUUCAACUUCGUGCUGCCGCCACGCCCAGAAACACUGGAGAGGGCAGUGGAGGUGCUCGAGGCUGCUGGCGCCGUGGGGUGA